ACUUCAGAUAAUCAGUGUAAUCGCCUUUUGCAGGUUGAAACCCUACAUCAUUUUUCAUCUGAAAUUGGAAUAGCAGACGCAAGAUUUUCAUUCUCGUUCUCGCCUAUACUUCCAUUUUUCUUUGUUGCUGCAGAUAUGGCGGCGGAGAUGUCUAGAUCUAGUUCAUCUGCCGAUACGUACAUCGGCAGUUUGAUUAGCUUAACGUCGAAGAGUGAAAUGAGAUACGAGGGCGUCUUGUACAAUAUCAACACUGACGAAUCAAGUAUAGGGCUUAGAAACGUCAGAUCAUUUGGGACUGAAGGCCGGAAGAAAGAUGGUCCUCAAGUUCCUCCUAUUGACAAAGUAUAUGAUUACAUACUGUUCAGAGGAAGUGAUAUAAAGGACUUACAAGUUAAAGCCUCCCCCACAGUGCAGCCUGCAUCUCCACCCUUAAACAAUGAUCCGGCUAUUAUUCAGUCACAUUAUUCUCGUCCUGAAUCCACAACUCCAAACUUGCCAUCCACCAUCAUUCCAUCUUUGACAGAUCUUAAUUCUCAUACUUCCCAAGGGUCAAGUUUUCAGAGUGGCUUGCCCUUGUACCAACCUGGGGGAAACCUUGGACAAUGGGGACCUCACCCCCCUCCUCCAAGUACGAGUGGUAAUGGAUUAGCUAUGCCAAUGUAUUGGCAAGGGUAUUAUGGUCCUUCCCCCAAUGGGCUACCAAAUUUGCAACAACAACCUUUGCUUCGUCCAGGCUUAUCGAUGCCUCCUUUGAUGCAGCAGCCAUUGCAGUAUCCUGCUGGAACAUCAAAUCUAGCUGUUCCAAACUCACAAGAAUAUACUCAUCCUCCUUCCCUUGUGCCUCCCAUAAUUGGUUCCCUUAAUUUAACUUCAUCUUUUCCAUCGACUUUGCCUCCAUUUCCCUCACUUACUUUAUCUCCAGAAACGUUACCCAGUACUAUACCUAAUAAAACUGUUAGUUCUCUGCCACCAGUAACCCUAAAUGCAAACCUGCUAGUUGUUCCUCCUUCGAGUGAGGAAGCAAAUGCUGUUUUACCGCCAAUUUCUAGUAAUAGGUCCAUAGCAACUUCUAGUUCAGAUUUUCCUUAUCAUAGUGUUUCUCAAUCUACAACAUCUAUUGGAUCUGCUAGCACAAGUCAGGUAGAAACGCAAGCUCCAGCUCCAAUACCGUCUCUUAUAACACCUGGUCAGUUUCUACAGUCUGAGCCUAUUGCAGUUUCUUCAGCUAAGUCUUUACAAGCAGCUCAUAAGGAUAUGGAGGCAGUUCUAGUUUCUUCACCAUCAUCAUCACAUGUACAGCCUGGUCCGGCUUCAACAGAAUCUCAACCACCAAUACUUCCAUUACCUGAACAACCUUCACGUGCAUUCCAAAAGUUCAAUGGGGCUCCUCACCAUAACAACCGCAGUAAUUACAGAGGCCGUGAAAGAGGAAGAGGACCAGGGAGUUCACGCCCGAUAACAAAAUUUACAGAGGAUUUUGAUUUUAUGGCAAUGAACGAGAAGUUCAACAAAGACGAAGUGUGGGGUCAUCUUGGGAAGCACAAUAAUAAAUCUCAUCACAAUGAAGGGGAUGAAAAUGGAAGUGAUGAGGAUGACUAUGAAGAUGUUGAACAUGAUUCUGAACUCAAAAAAUUUGAAAACAAUGCUGUCUACAACAAGGAUGACUUCUUUGAUUCCCUUUCUAGCAAUGCACUUGAUCGUGAAUCAAAUAAUGGAAGGUCGAGAUUCACUGAGCAAAUGAAGCUCGACACUGAGACUUUUGGGGAGUUCCCCCGAUAUCAUCGGGGUGGGCGUGGAUAUGGACGUGGUGGUGGUGGGAGAUCUCGAGGAGGUGGUUAUUACGGAAGGGGAGGUUAUGGAUACAAUGGAAGAGGAGGGCGCGGUCGAGGCAUUCAUAACCCGAACCCUAAUCCUAACCGAGGUUAAUGUUUUUGUUUUGUCUAUUUUGGUUUAUAAGUUUGAUCAGUCAAAGGACACUGUCUAUAAUGGUUGUGCUGAAAAUACACCUUUUAAAAUGAUCUAGAAAUAAAAAGACUUAGGAUUUGUAAUGCUCUUUUGAGAGGUGAUUUUUGUAUUUUGGAUAUAUCCCUUUAUAUUGAUAAACUGAUUUCAACUUUAAAUACGAAGAAAAGGUGUAACAAUUGAUUGUGUUUUGCGAUACAAUAUUGUCCUAGUUUAAGGGGAUAUUUGGUUUGAAGAGAAGUCUUUUAGUUGUUAAUU